CCCCCCCCCCCACACCCACACCCACGUGCUUGCUGUCCCUGCCUUCCUGCCGUCGCACCGCUGAAAAUCUGCCGGCACUCUCCCGUUGCCCCAAAAUAUGAUGUCAACUCGCCCGCACUCGUCCCCAGCCCACACCCACCCCUCAGGAAAGAGCCACUCGUCACCCCCGGCCCUCGCGCUCAACCCGCGUGCCUGCCGUCCUCAGAUUCUUGCUGCUCCGGCCUCCUCCCGCUCGGUCUCGUCGUCGCGGUCGGCCACGCCGCCGUCGCCUGGCCCUGCCACCCGACCGGCCAUGCCGGCGCCGUCACACAUCCGGCGCAACCUCGCGGCUUCUUCGGCCCAGACUCCGUCGCCGCGCGACGACUUUGGCGACUCUGCUCACUCCUCCCGUCCGGGAACCGCUGGCGCUCUCUCGCUUCUCACCAACGCCGCCGCCGCCUCCUCGGUCACCGCGCCCGAGCCGAUGCAGGUCACCAAGCCGACUGCCGUCAAGGCCGAGUCCGUGGCCCCGCCGGUCCAGGCGCCGGCGCCCACGCCUGCUCCCGCACCUGCGCACGCACCUGUGCGUGCGCCCGCACCUACGCACGCACCUACGCACGCGCCGGCGCAUCCACCUGCGCACCCUCCUCCCGCGGUGCACCCUGGCCAUGAUGCACACGCCCAGGUGCAGGCCCGCGUCCGCGCACAGGCUGCCGCUGCUGCGCAGGCCCAGGCUAUGUUCUACAUGCAAAUGAUGCAGGGCAUGCAGGGUAUGCAGGGUAUGCAGGGUAUGCAGGGCGGCCAGGUCCCGCCGCAGGCUCUCAUGUCGAUGGGCAUGUCGCUCGCUAUGGCCGCCAUGGGCGUCCCGCCGGCGCACAUGAUGAACGCCGCCGCCGCAGCAGCAGCCGCGCAGGCACAUGGCCACCACGCCGGUUUCCCGCCCAACACCCGUCCGCCGAUGCCGCCGAUGGCUCAAGCGCCGGCCCGCCCCGCCCACACCAACCCGUCGUCGCCGUCGGGCGCCGUCAACCCGGGCCUCCACCAGCUCGCCUCGAUGGCCCUGCUCAGCGGGCCCAAGGACGCUGCUGACCACCUCUCGUACAAGCGUAAGAUGGAUUCGUCCAUGGCCACCAUGGGCGUCCCGCCGUCCAAGCGCAUGCGCCCGCUCGGCUCGUUCACCUCGGCCGUCUCGUCGUCGACCCCUGCUCCGCCGCGCUUUACCCUCCUCCUGCGCCAGCUCAAGUCGACCAUGCCCGAGCUCACCGACCUGCCGCUCUCGCAGCUCGCCAUCCUCAACCACGCCAUCGACGCCAUCGUCGCCCUCCAGGACCACCACGCCGCGCUCACUAACAAGGUCGCGGCCGCUGGCGGUGCCACUCUUACGGCUUCCUCUGUCGCCUCGGACAAGAUCGCCCGCCUGGAGAAGCUCCGCGCUCAGCGCAUCGCCAUGCAGGCCGAGCUUGCCGCCCUCGAGGCCUAACACGCCCGAUAUCUCUUGCUUUAUUGCAUCCCCCGUGCCCACUGCCGUUCGAACGCGCGACGGCGCGCCCCACAGUGAACGAAACAAUGGACCGCA